GCUUUAAACAAACUCUUCAGGAGCUCUGCCUGUUUCCCUUACCACCGCUGUGUCAGACUGAGACUGAAGGGGGCCGACAGACUCUGAUAAAUCAUUUCCUGAAGUCAAGGCACUCCUCCAGCCGCCAUCAUGUCAAGCAAGCGCACCAAGAGCAAGACCACCAAGAAACGCCCCCAGAGGGCCACGUCCAACGUGUUUGCCAUGUUUGACCAGUCCCAGAUCCAGGAGUUCAAGGAGGCCUUCAACAUGAUUGACCAGAACAGGGAUGGCUUCAUCGACAAGGAGGACCUCCACGACAUGCUGGCCUCUCUGGGUAAAAACCCCUCUGAUGAGUACCUUGAGGGCAUGAUGAGCGAGGCUCCGGGACCCAUCAACUUCACCAUGUUCCUCACCAUGUUCGGAGAGAGACUCAACGGCACAGACCCAGAGGACGUCAUACGCAACGCCUUUGCAUGCUUUGACGAGGAGGGAUCUGGUGUGAUCCAUGAAGACCACCUCAGGGAGCUUCUGACGACAAUGGGCGAUCGCUUCACGGACGAGGAUGUGGACGAGCUGUUCAGGGAAGCGCCCAUCGACAAAAAGGGCAAUUUCAACUACGCAGAGUUCACUCGCAUACUGAAACACGGCGCCAAAGACAAAGAUGACGAGUAGAGCAGUGAGACAAUGACUGUAAACGUUCCACGUCCAUUUGAUACAAAGAAAAAACUGAGUGUUGAGUUAAAUUUGGAAUCCAGGUUGUUCUAAAACACAACUUUAAAAUGUGCAAAUCUCAACAGGUCGAUAACAGCUUAUUAUGCCUUCUUGCUCUUCACCUCACCUGGAUAGGUAAAUUGUUUAUCCAAAAAGGAAAUGGCCACAAUGCUUUAACUACUAGCAAUACAGGGUAUACUUCUAUUUUAUUUUUUUAUUCUUAGUCUCUCCAAAUGUGUAUGUGGGCUGAUAACCCAUAAGACAUUCCACCACAGGCUGGUGUACCUUAAAGAUGACAUUAUCCUACCAGGUGUGAGUGUGAUUAGCCAUUACAAACAGUUUUGAAAAUCUGCCUCUUCUGACAUCACAAGUGGGCAUGUCCACUUAGUUGCAUGACGGAUAGAUGAGCAACGUUUGCUACUGUCCACUGGGUAGGCUGGUAGACUGAUCUAUCUAGCACUAGGUGGACAUGCCCACUUGUGAUUUCAGAUGAGGCAGAUUUUCAAACGGCUUGUAAUGGCUUAUCAAAAUCACACCUGGUUUUAGGUCACCUUUAAAAACAAAAUAUGCAAGUUUUUAAGUUUGAAGGAUGAUGAUUAGAGAUGUUUCACUCUAUAGUGUCAUUUCCCCAAGUGUAUGGUUACUCAUCUAAAGCAUCAUGCCCACAUAUUGUGUUUGGCUGAGAGGGAGAGUAGGUCUACAUUAAGAAGGGAUUCAGCCGUGAACAGUAGGAUGUCAAGAUUCAUUUGAAGACUUAAAUGCAUCAGUAUCAGCCUUUGCCAGAUUCUUUAUUCUAUCAAAAUAUGUUUUAUGUCAAUGUUAUAAAUUCAGUGCCAAUUUGUGCUUUUCUAUGGAAAUAAAAAUUGUUCCCAUCCUUAAAAUAAAUAUUGCUUGGCUCAGCUGGCACAAUAUCUAAUCCAUCAGUAUUAGGUCUGCAGAAAAUGACAUUGCACGUCAAUAUGCUGCACAACGACACGACAUUAAAGAGGCUAGAAGUCACACUUACCAAAAAAAUGACGUUUAUUUCUCUGAAAUGCUCAUAGAAAAGACAUAAUUAGAGUUUAAGGCAUAUAUUGCACAGACUAUAGUAAAGUUAUGUUGAAGAGGACAUGUUCCCUCGAUCCUAGGUGUAAGGCACAGUAGCCAGUUAUACUGCCCAUGGUAGUUCACAAUUCAUAAAAUGAACUUGAAAACAUCUUUAAGAAUUCAUUUGGUUGUAUCAAAGCUACUUAAAUCAUGCCAGAAAAAAGAAAAGAAAAUCGAACCACGUAUUUACAUGCUUUAUCACACCGUCUAUCCUCAAAGUGUCAUUUUGCAUCGUAUAACUGGCAAUAGAAGCUAUAUAAAAAGAACAUCGUCUGCCAUAUCCAUAGUACUCUAAUAAGCCAAUUCCAGUAUAAAUCACCAGCAAUGGGUUGUCACAGUGGCAUGAUGUAGUGUUAUGAGUCAUCACUAUCUAGUUAGUAUUAAAUAUAUAGAUAUAUAUAUAAAGUCUGUUUAAGUCCUCAGCCUGACCAUAACCUGUGUAAUUUGAGGUAUUAAACAUUCUCCUAUGAACAACUCUCCAUCAUGUACUCGCAUGCAUUUAAUAUAAUUCAUGAUGCGACCACUGAGCGGUAGGAAGGGUGGGGCGAACCGUUAUUUGGGAAAGUCAAAAUGAACAAAAGAAAUAACUUGGGGGAUUGUGCUCAGCAGUAUUCUAUCAAUUACAGAUCAUGUUCCUGUCAUCUACAUGCAGAGGUUUAAAGUAAAAAAGGCAUCGCAAAGCAAAAAAAAUAAAGAAAAAAAUACAGAGGAAUGAAAAGACCCAAAACGACAGUUCACUUAAUGUUGCUACAGUAAAUUCACAUAGGAACCCAGCUUACUUACAACUGUUAAUACAGCUCUAGUUUUCAGAUACAUAGUGAUUCUUUACUAAAAGACAGUUUCAUGGAAACUACGACCUUAGAUGCAAUGAUAAACAAUUCUAUAGAACCCGUGUCACUACAAACAGAGUGGGAGCACUGUCGAGAACGCAUGAUUUGUCUCCCAGUACCGCUGAACAAAAAAGUUGAAAACAAAACAAAAGCAAUCAGGUGUUCAGUUAAAGCUGCGUCUGCUACAUUUGCUUUGCCAAGACACUUUACAUGAUUGAAGACACACUGGUUUGAAACACUUUGACCAAAAACCCAGGAAAAACCAAACUGGAAAUUCCGGAACGAUAAUACAAUCUCUUCUAUUGAGCCUGAAAUAUUUGUAUGCCACAUGUAAUUCAUGGAAGUAGCAAUAAAAUAAAAAAUAAAAAUGAUGAGCGAAUAGGUGGUA